AUGGUCAUUCAUUCAGAACCCAAGUCCCUGUAUGCCACUCAAGGUAACGAUGCAGACGAAAACAUCAGGAUCCGCGAUCAGCUUGCACCUGAGACAGAUGAGCAUGGCUACAAGAUCAACGAGCAGCCCAUGGGUACAAAGAGGAAAGUCAAAGUUAUUCUGAUGGGUGCUGGAGCAUCGACGCUGAACUUUUUCAAAAAGGCCGAGGAGGAGAUGGAGAAUCUGGAGAUGGUCUGCUACGAGAAAAACCACGACAUUGGUGGAACUUGGCUGGAGAAUCGAUACCCUGGGUGUGCCUGCGACAUCCCCUCAGUCAACUACCAGUUCUCUUGGAAAAUCAAGCUGUGGUCGCACUACUAUUCAUACGCGCCCGAGAUAUGGGAGUACCUCAAAUCUAUCGAACGAGAAAAUGACUUCAUCCAGAAGUAUAUCAGAGUACGACACCAAAUUGAACAUGUCGAGUGGGACAGCGGAGCAGGGCUAUGGCGACUCCAAGUCCGUAAUCUGAUUACCGGCGAGGUUUUUGACGACAGCGCGGAGUUCUUCAUCAAUGCAGGUGGAGUCCUAAAUAACUGGAAGUGGCCAGACAUCCCUGGCUUGAAAACCUUCAAAGGCAAGCUGAUGCACUCUGCGCACUACGAGGAGGGCUACAAUCUUACCAACAAACGAGUGGCGGUGAUAGGAGCCGGCAGCUCGGGCGUACAAAUUGUUGCGUCGAUCCAACGCAAAGUCGAGCAUCUGUAUCACUGGGUGCGUUCGCCGAUCUGGAUAACAGCCGGCUUCGCACAGACGUGGGCUGGCAAGAACGGCGCGAAUUUCCGUUACAGUAAAGAGCAGUUGAAGUUCCUCCAAGACAACCCAAAGAAGUACCUCGAGUACCGCAAACAAAUCGAGAACGAGCUUAAUCAGCGAUUCAAGUUCAUCAUGAAGGGCAGUGAAGAAGCUCGAGUCGCGCGGGACUACGCCGACAAAGAGAUGCGGAUGAAACUCAACAACAACCCGCGCCUCGUCGACAAAAUGGUCCCCAAGAACUUCAACCCGGGCUGUCGCCGCCCCACCCCUGCUCCCGGAUACCUCGAGGCCCUUGUAUCAGACAACACAACCACCUUCACCGACCCCAUCGCCUCCAUCACCUCAACCGGCUUCACUGACUCCAACGGCGUCGCCCACGACGUCGACGUCAUCAUCUGCGCCACUGGAUUCGACACCUCCUGGCUGCCGCGCUUCCCCUUCAUCGCGCACGGCACUGACCUGCGCACCCUGUGGGGCGGCGCAGCGGGCGUGACCUCGUACCUCAGCGUCGGCAUCCCGGGGUUCCCCAACACGUUCUCGUUCUGCGGCCCCUACGGACCGUUGGGACACGGCUCCUUCAUGCCGCUAAUCGAGCAGUGGACGCGCUACAUGUUCGCGUGCAUCACGAAGUGCCAGGUCGAAGACAUCAAGUCGCUGGCGCCGAAGACGCAGCCCGCAGCACAGUUCAGGCAGCACGCGGAUCUGUUUCUGCAGCGUACGGCGUGGACAAGUCCGUGCCGUAGUUGGUUCAAGCAGGGCAGGGUGGAUGGGCAGGCGGCGGUUUGGCCGGGGAGUCGGUUGCACUUUCUGAAGAUGAUGGAGCGGCCGCGGUUUGAGGACUAUGAGAUUGAGUACAGGAGUGAGAAUAUGUUUGCGUUUUUGGGGAAUGGGUUUGAGGUGAGGGAGUUUGAUGGGAGAGAUAUUACGAAUUAUCUCGGGUGUCUCGAUGAUGAUGGGAGGGAUGUGCAGCCAGAUUAUGAUAAGGGGUUGCUUGAUGUGCUAGGAGGCUUUACGUUGGAUGAGAGUUAUGAGGUGAAGGGAGGGUAG